GAGUGAGCCAUUCCCUGCUCUCCUUGCCUUCCCUCUCUCUCUCACACUCACUCUCUUUCCCUUUUGGUCUCUCCGUCUUCUCCAGCUUGGGUUGAGGGUGUGUGUAUGAGAGAGAGUAAAAAACCAAAAGCAUACAGAGAGGAAAAGAGAGCAAAGAAAGAAAGGGAAAGUCUCUCGCCUGCUGGGAACUUGUUGUUUGGCAAUGCCUGGCGCGGAGCAGGAGCAGCAGCAGCCCCUCGCGUUCCCUCCGGCGCCUCUUUCACACUAAGGACCGAGGAAAAAAACCCACUUAGGAAGAUCUGCAGUCGCAAAUGGUUGUACUCAGGAUAGGAUGGGACUUCAGUUGAACGGCAGAUACAUUUCUCUGGUCCUGGCGGUGCAACUAGCGUCCCUGGUGCAGGCGGUCAGAGCGGCGGGGAAGUGCGAUGCGGUCUUCAAGGGCUUCUCGGAUUGUGUGCUCAAGAUGGGCCAGAACAUCGCCCUUUACCAGCAGGAUCCGGACGACAAGAAAAAUCUCGAAACGAUCUGCCGGUACUGGGACGACUUCCACGCCUGCACCCUCAUCGCCCUCACGGAUUGCCAGCAGGAAGGGGUGACAGACGUCUGGGAGAAGCUGAAAGAGAAAUCCAAAAAGCUCGAUUACGAAGGCAACUUGUUCGUCCUGUGCAGCAAGACCAAGGCGGCGGGCUCAUCCGUGGUGGCCCUCCCGUCGCCUUGGCUGGUGGUGGCGCUUUCGGCCGCCUUGGCGACGCGCUUCUCCUUGUAAAAAGGGGGCGAGCGGGGGGGGGGGGAGCCUUCCUUCUCCCCCUUGGAGAGAAAAGAGCGAGAAAAGGACAAGCACAACCUGUCCCACAACACGACGCCACCGCUUCAACGCAGGGGAAAACAAAAGUCUCCUCCACUUUGCUCGGCGGUGUGGUGGGUUUGCACCCACACCAACAACAACUGCGGUGGGGAAUAAUAACAAAGCCUGAGCACCAUCUUCACCUUUUGGGGAGGGGGAAGAAGAGAGGGAGAACUCACCCGGCCACUGAGCAGCGCACCACGCCACCCAGCUCUCUCUCGUCUCUUGCCCUCCCUCUCCUCAACUUUGCGUCCUGAUUUGCCAAAUGGUACCACCAACAGCCAAACUCGGACCUCAGCUUUAUCCUCCUCUCUAGAUAGACCCAGAUCUCUUCGACCCCCGCCCCCUCCCCUCCUCUCUCUCUCUCUCUUUGGGGCGCAAAAAGCAAUCUCAGGAACGGCUUCCAGCCACCACCGAAUACUAAUACAAGCGUUCAUAGCUAAUACGAAUCAUAGUAAUAAUAAUGAAUCCUAUGAAUGAGGAGGAAGAGGAUGCAGCUCACGGCGACACGAGAGGGGCUCUUUCAUGGGGGUGACGAACCAACAGGAUGGAUGGAUGGAGUGGGGGGGGGGGGUCAUAUAGAGAAGGAUCCACGAGCUCCGUGGCCAAUCCAUCUUUCUUUCCGAAGGGAACUCUGGUGACGUUUCGUUUUCGUUUCGGAUUUUUUCAGCCAUUCCAUUUCAGAGACAUGGAGAAAAGGGGGAAAAAUAAAUAAAUAAAUAAAGGACCAAUGGAGAGAUUGUUUUUUAAAAAAAGGGCUGGGGAAUGAAGACCAAAACCUGGAAACAACAAGAAAGGAAAACACAGAAGGAUUGAAUGAAAAUGUUGACCUAAUGAAUGCUGCUAAGUUUGCUGAGAGUUGAGCUUUACUUAAUCGUCAAGGCAUCUAUAUUUUUAUUUUUCAAAAUUCACUGCCUUUUUUUCCCUUUGGGUCGCUGUGAGUUUGGCCAUGUUCCAGAAGCAUUCUCUCCUGACGUUUCGCCCACAUCUAGGGCAGGCAUCCUCAGAGGUUGUGAGGUCUGUUGGAAACUAGGCAAGAGAGGUUUAUAUAUCUGUGGAAGGUCCAGGGUGGGAGAAAGAACUCUUGUGUAUGUUGCAAUUAAUCACCUUGAUGAGCACUGAAAAGCCUUGCAGCUUCGAAGUCUGGCUGAUACCUGCCUGGGGGAAUCCUUUGUUGGGACGUGUUAGCUGGCGUUGAAUCCAUGAAUGGAAAAUCUGUGGAUACAGGAGGUCAACUAUAAUUUUUUUAAACAUAGUGGUGCUCUUUAGCUUUUACACAAUUUGAGUCCCCAAUUGUUAUUGAAUGGUAACAUUCAAUAUUCCCUGUUAGUGCAGUGGGUUAAACCCUUGUGCCGGCAGGACUGAUGACUUGAAGGUUGGGUUGCUGACCUGAAGGUUGCCGGUUCAAAUCCAACAGGGGAGAGUGAGGAUGAGUUCCCUCUAUUAGCUCUAGCUCCAUGCAGGGACAUGAGAGAAGCCUCCCAGAAGGAUCAAAGCAUCCGGUGUCCCCUGGGCAACAUCCUUGCUGACGGCCAAUUCUCUCACACCAGAAGCAAUUGCUGUUUCUCAAGUCGCUCCUCACACACACAAAAAAGCUGGCCCUGAUUGUUUCUUCUCUGGAAUCCUGAGUGUUGUUCUUUAUUUACUGUCCUGAUUUUAGAGUUUUUUUAAUAAACACAGAGAAGCCAUUGAAAUCCACAAGCAUGUGGACAAUUUCAACAGAAAGGAGAAAACUAUGACAAUGAACAGAAACUGGCUAUCAACACUCAAAAUAGGGGAAUUCCAGGCAUGGACCAGUUUCAGACAUGAAACUAUCAGGGGCAGCUAACACCUCCCAACAAAAGAUUCCCCCAGGCAGAAAUCAGCCAGGCUUUGAAACUGCAAGGCCAUUCAAUGCUAAUCAAGGUGAUUAAUUGUAACAGUUACACUUGCCUCCAGCAGACAAGACUUCUUUCUCCCACCCUGGACUUUCCACAGAUAUAUAAACCCCAAUUGCCUAGUUUCCAACAGACUUCACAACCUCUGAGGAUGCUUGCCAUAGAUGUGGGAGAAACGUCAGGAGGGAAUACUUCUGGAACAUGGCCAUACAGCCUGGAAAACUCACAGCAACCCAGUGAUUCCGGCUCUGAAAGCCUUCGACAAUACAUUUUUUUCUUAUCCCCUUUUCUUCUUUUGGGAGAAAACAAAAAAAAAAGAGAGAGAAAAGUUUCCAAGUUUCCCCCUCUUCUCUUGUUUUUUUACGUGUUUUCCCACCAUUACCGUAAGAUAUGAUUAUAUAUCCAACCGUAUAGAUCACAAGGGGGGAAAAACUAAAAUAAGGAGGGGUUUACGUCUAUGUGUAAGAAAAAAAUUACGAUAAAACACACCGCCUCAAGGUUUUCGGGGGGUGGAGGAGGGGGAGUAUUCAAAGAGCCUUGAUUUUAACAAAAAAAAAGAGAACAAAUGUAAUUUAAGAAAGUUUAUUAUAAAGUCAAUUCAGCAAAAAAGAAAUUAUAAAAGAUUUGCUACGAAGUAUAGAACAAAGGUAUAAAAUAAAAUUAUUGUUUGAAAAUGAA